ACAAAAUGUUGACUCCACCUGAACAAUUUGGAAUUAUUGAAAAGGGCGUAUAUCGCUCGGAUAUGUUACACCCCUCUCAUUUUUCUUUUAUUAAAGCACUUCAACUGAAAACAGCUCUUGUAUUAUCUCCCGAAGUUCCUACUCGUGCUGUUUUGAACUUCUUGGAGGAAAACAAUAUUAAAUUGGUUCAUUUAGGCCUAAGUAUUUGGAAACCGAAUCUCGGAUGGCGACCUGUUAGUGAAGAAUUAAUAAAGGAUGGGUUGGAAAUGGCAUUGGAUGUUGGAAAUCAUCCAAUACUUGUUCUGUGCACGUCAGGUAUCCACGAAACUGGAACAUUUGUUGGAUGUUUGCGUAAAUUACAAAAUUGGAAUUUUAGCUCAAUUGUUGCUGAGUAUCGAAGUUACGCAGGAAAUAAAGUUCGUUACGUAAAUGAACAAUUCAUCGAGUUAUUUGAUAUGGAUUUAAUCACUUUGCCUCAUAAUUUGCCUUCCUGGUUUAUAGAACAACAACAACUAUUGCAACAAGAAGAAGGAAAGGAAUCAUAAAUCUUUAAUGUCUGUCUGUUAAAAUCUUAUUAUUAUCCUGCAUUCUUGAGUUUCUUUUUUUUAACAAGUAUUCAUUAAUAGAAAAGAUGUAGUCUGUAUGGUUCAAAUUAAAUGAUUGUAGACUAGAUAAAUAUAAACUAUGUACAAAAGUUUGUAGCAUCACGAGGACGAAUCACUCAAUUUGGUUUUGUACUUGUGAAAAUGAGAUGCCAUAUUUAUGUUCAUUCAGUGCAACUAUACGUUCAAUAUAAUAUGUUCCAUUGUCUUG